AUGAUUCAGAAUUACAGAGCACUGAAGCAACACCUGGAAGAUCUAGUAGCAGUUGGACACCUCCGAGACUAUAUUGAUCAGGAUAAAGCAGUGGCCGAGCCGGGGAACCCACCACCAGAACCGAACAUCGAACACCCACCUCGGCUGGUAAUAAAUGUAAUCCAUGGAACAAUGACCCAGGAGCGCGAAAAGGCACUAAAAGAAGAAAUUGCUAAGACUGUACAAAUUCAGCAGGUCAUGUUAGUAAAGCCCGCAUCGAAAAAGGUACGCGCAGUACCCAAGUCCCCCUUGUGCACUAUUUCGUUUACUAGAAAGGAUUUAGAAGGCGUACAACACCCACAUACUGAUGCACUCAUUAUAACUGUGGGAAUUGGGAAACGGUUUGACAUAAAACGAGUUCUGGUAGAUCAAGGCAGUGCAGCAGACAUAUUGUAUUAUGACUUGUUCAGAAAGCUUAGUCUCUCUGAGCAGCACCUCACCCCAGCAGCAGCUCCAUUAGUGGGCUUCAAUUCACAACCAAAAUGGGCCACUUGGCAAGAUAGUGUUGCCAGUUGUGGCAGGAACGAACACCCUCCAGAUAGAGUUUUUAGUUAUUAA